UGGGAAUUUCGAGAAACGGAGAAAAUUCGCUUCUGCAGUGUCCUUUCAGUUUUAGUUUAAGACAAACUAUACGCAUUUUUGUUUGGCGGCAAGAAAAGCAAUCGAUAAAAAGUAUUUCUAUUUUUAAGUACAUGAGACGUAAUUGAAAUUACGAGUCUAUUUUCAUUUAAGUAUAACCUUUGUAAAUUGCUCCAACCACAAGAUCUCCUGUAUAUUCUGAGUCAAAAUACUUUUUUCACGGCACAGCGACUCGGCAUGGCGUUAAAAUGACGACGCUUUGUCAAGUAAUUAUUAUCUCAGUGUUAAAACUGAGAAUGUUUAUUCUCCUCCAUGUCGUUGUCAAGGUCAGUUGAACCAAUUUUAUAGCUGAACACUCUUCUUUUAUCAAAACAAUUUCACGCGAGACUUGAUAAAUUUUACAAAUGAAAUGAGUCAAAAUAUAAUAUUCAGUUUAUGUAUCACUAGUUGCCUGAAGACAUAUUAACGUAACGUCUAUGCAUGCUGGCAAAAUAACUUGGUUGAUACAAUAGAAGAAAAAUUGUAUUUCAUAAUUCAUAUAAUGUGAGAGCGUUGAUGUCGCCAUAACUAAGUGUUAUAACCUAUAGUCCAUACUAUAAAGGCUUUAUGAUAUAGAAGUAACUCUGAAAUAACUCAAAAAAUUCUUAGGGAUUUUCAAAGUGAUAGGGAUUUUCAUGCAUAUAGAGGAAGGAAAAGGCGAACGGAACUUCGUUUUUUUAUUCAUAUUCAAUUAUUGAGUGUCGUCUGUUCACAUUGUGAUUGCACUCUUAACAUAUCAUUUUUGCAUGAUUAACGGAAUCCCCCUUUGUCUAGAAUAAUUGCCCUAUUCUGUAACAGGAAAUGCCUAAUAUAAGAUCUUUUGGGGGGAGAUUGAGAACUUUGAAUAAAUCCGGAAUUGUCAGAUCCUGCUUUCACACAGUGGUGCUAAUUAGGAUGAUAUUUUUGUGCCAUUUUGGAGGUCAGUCUUACUCACCCUAUGCUGAGAAUUGUGUUUACAAGCUACGAAUAAAGGUUGCCUAUAAAUUCAGUUGAAGAAAUUGUGCUGCCCCUCAAUACUACAUUCAGUGCAAGUGGUGGAUAACAAGCUUAACCGAGGCGAUUUCUUACGCGGGUUUCUCUUCAAAGUCGAAUUUGCCUAUAAAGGUUUUUGAUUGAUUCACCUACAUCAGUUAUAAUACAUAUAUGGGGGCUAGAUUUCCUUUUAUUAGUUAAAUUUUAAAACUUCCGUGCUAAAUUGAUGAUUAUGAUAUGGUUUUUAUCUCUAUUGCAGAUAUACAAACUUCAGAUUAAAAUGAUAACAGUUUCAUUAUUUUUGCUCAGUCUUUUGACCGUGAUUGAAGGGUCGAACAUAUGUAAUCUCGGAGAUACCACUAACCCCACUGGUAUCGUGUCAUCCCCCAAUUACCCAAGGAAUUACCCAGUAUCCCAAGAUUGUUCCUUCACGAUAACAGUACCGACUGGUAAAUCCAUUGUUAUCUCGUUUAAAGCAAUGGAUCUUGAACAAGAUGAAGAUGAAAAUUCCUGCUAUGACUACUUGGAGAUAAAAGAUUUAGUGACGAAUGAUAAGACUAUGCACUGUGGAACCAAGAUACCAGAGGAUAUCACGUCCAAAAGUAACCGAGUACAAAUAUCUUUUGUCUCUGAUUUUUCUGAUGCCGGUGAAUUGAAACCAACUGGAUUUCAAUUAACGUACAGAACUAUAACAAAUAUACAAGGCACGAAUGUGUGUCCUGGUCGUCAGUUUAUCGGUAACGAAAACGGUGGCUACAUUAGUUCACCCAACUAUCCUUUGAACUACAGAAACAACAUUAACUGUAUGUUCACACUUCUUGUCCCAGCUGGAAAGAAAACUCAUAUCAAUUUUGUGGAAAUGAAGAUUCAAUAUGACGUGCGCUGUACGAAGGAUCACCUAAACAUCUCUUCAAGUACUGAGUCCAGAAUUAUCUGUGGUGAAGGCAGCCCAAAAGCAAGUGUGUUUCAUGGCGAAAAAGUUAAUUUUCAUUUCAUAACAAACGCACGAACUACCACCAAAGGCUUCCUUGUCAGAUAUCAUUUCACGGAUGACGAAACAUAUAAAAACGAUUGUGUCUGUCCUCGUGGUAAUUCCUAUAUCAGAGUUGAUUUGACGCAAAAGAAACUCAUUCGACACACAGAUGAUAUUCGUUUCCAAUUCCGAACCACUCAAUCUAAUUCAUUAUUACUAUACGCCAUGGGCAGACAUCGAGAUUUCCUCCGAGUCAAGCUGGUGCAAGGACAACUUAAAUUUAGCGUUGAUCUUGGCACAGGUAAAGGAACGAUCACUGUACCUUCCGGUCCACUCAAUGAUAAUCAAUGGCAUAGUGUAGAAAUCACAAGAAACGGACGACGAGCAAAAGUGAGCGUUGAUAGACGAGUUGCAGGUAUCGUGGAAACACCGGGUAUAUUCACGAAACUAGAUCUCAGGGCCCCAAAUGCAUUGAUGUACGUCGCAGGAAGUGCCCGCCGUCGGCAUGGAUCAAACUUUGUUGGUUGUCUGAAGAACUUUGUGAUUGACAACCGCAGGCCAAUCGUGGACGCUUUACGUGGGGAUCCAGCUCAUACUGUUUACUUUAAUCCGUUCCCACGAUGCCCUUCUACAUAAUGGGUGAAUUGCCUGUACUAACACACAAGAAUAUGCCGACGUUGAAAACAGAUGAAUACUUGUUUGCGGUAGUGUCGAUUUAAAAGGAUUACCUUGGAAUUAAUACUUUUAAUAUCCCACUUAAAUGUGCUUUCAUUCAGCGAUUUUCCUGAAACUUGCACACAUAGGAAAAAGGUGGACCAGAUAUAGUUUGUUAGCCUAGCUCGGCUAACUUAUACGUCUCACACAUUUGUAAUAUGACAGCCAAGAUUAUCCAUAACUUGAUAAGCCUAAAAAAGCUCUAAUUUGUUAAUUUCA